GCAGGCAUUGGCUGGGUGGGAAAUAACAAUGAUGCUGGGCUUCUGUUUGCUACUGUUGGUUGGGGCUGGUAAAAAAGUUGAAAAGGCUACAUCUCAGGAAGAGAUGUUUCGUUUCAGGAUUAAGUGCUGUAAUGGAAGUGAAAAUCAGUAUUUAUCUUUCGCAUUACAAGACAAUGUAAUGUCACAAUAAAUGUGGGAAGUAUUAAACAUGUUUGCUUGUAUAUGAAUGAAUAAGGUGUCCUUAAAGAUAAUUGUAGUUUAACGUGCAUUUCAUUCAUGUGAUUGUGAAAUCAGAAUGACUGAGAUACAUUUGUGGUAUGGUCUUGAUAAACUCGCAAUCAACUUCGAACCAUCAGAUCUACCCAAAGACAUAAUUAAAGUGUGCAAAAUAAAUAGGCAUAUAUUUGCACUGACAAAUAGCAAAAGUAUUUAUCAUAGUGAAAUGGAGCCAAAUGGUGAAAAUAAAGUGAUUUUCACUAAUACGAAUAUAUCAGCAAUAGACAUAGCCUGUAAUAAUAAAAUACUGUAUUUUGUCAGUGAUAGUGGACAAGUUUUUAAAACAGACCCAGAAGAUUUGGCUAUCAAAGAAGAGAUCAUUUUGAAGGAAGAUGCAAAAUGUUGUAGUCAUGGUUACAAAACAUCAGGGCACAGAGUCAAAGUGAAGACUGUAGUGGCUGAAGAAUGUAGUUGCUUGUAUGUUACUGAGAGUGGGCAACUUUGGAUGUCUGGUAACCAACCAAAGUUGGGGAAGCAUGAUGAAGUUCCUCAGAGAGUUACAUUUUUUGAGAAACGUUAUGUGAUUUCAGUUGCAUGUGGAGCAAAUUUUAGCAUAGCUUUGGUCUAUAAACCAGGACACUCUGUCCCAGACAAAGGUAACAGUGACACUGAUGAUGACAAUGAAGAUGUGUUUGUGUCGGAUUGUCCUAUAUGCAUUUCAUCACCAACAUCUCAGCAGUCUGCUUCAGACACAUGUCCUCUUGGUCUGCAUGUGCAGCAAACAAGUGAUGAGCAUUGUUCCACAUCAAGUACCAGUAAGGGGUAUACAGCAGAGGACAAGAGAAGCACAGAUGACUCUACAUCUGCAUCAACAGAUGAAAAGACUGAUGGGAAAGAUGAAUGUUCUGUUGCUGAAAAGAAAUUGCAUCUACAUUCAGAUGGUGAUGAUCUUCCUGCAGAUGAGAGUUCACAAAGCAUUGUGGAAGGUAGUCAGAACAUAUCAAGGACUGUAAAAACUGUUCAGAGUGAUGCAAAUGAGGGCAACAGUGAAUGUAUGAAGGAAGAAAAGAAGAAUGAAUUUUUCAUCAGUACGGAGGCUGCUCGCCAGUUUCUUACAAGACAGCUUUCCUGGGUAUCUGGCUAUGGAAGUGCUGGUGAAGAUCUUGUUGAGUGUGCAGAGGCUUCUCUUGCUCUUCCAUCUCGUAUUAUCAAGCAGAAUAUGUCUAGUGUGGCAAGUCUUGUGUAUGAAGGUGUUAAGACAGUUGGUGACAGGGGAGCCAUAUUAUUCCGACACAUGAGCGGAGGAUCAGAGACAAGUGGUAGUGUACCUGGAGGCCUUGCUGGCUGUGGAUCAUUUGAGGAUUUAAGUGCUGAGGAUUUCAUUGUAGCUGCACCUAGUAUCACAUCUAGUCUCAGGUGUGAGGAGUCUUUUUGGUCUUCUAGUUGUGGUACCAGUGACCGAGGUGAAGAAUCUGAGAUUGGUAUAGCAGAGCGAGUUGCUGCAAUGGCUCGUGAAGGCUCUAGAUUGCUGUCAACAGAGCUGUGGUCCUGGGGUGACAUCACACAUGGGCAGCUUGGAACAGGUGACACAGUUAAGAGAGAUCAACCUACCAUCAUCUCUCGUUUGACUGGAAUUGGGGUGUGCAGGAUAGCAUGUGGGCAUGAUCAUGCACUGGCUGUCUCAUUGGAUGGCCGUGUGUUUGCUUGGGGCAGAAAUGACCACAAUCAAGUUUCACAUGAGACGCAGACAGACCAAAGCACUCCCCAACAACUCAGUUGUUCUUCAGAGAGGGUGAGGAGCAUUGCUGCAGGAGACAGUCAUAGUGUGGUCAUUACACAUGGUGAUAAUGUGUACUAUUUUGGAAGGGGCAGCAAUAAAAGCUUAAUAAAGAUGGAUAUUCCUUCACUUUUGGGAACUGAGUCAACGCAGAAACAAAUCUUCUCAUCAAGACAUAUCAUUGGUUGCCUUAACACAAGUUACCUGACAUCAACUGCUGUAAAGGACCUUGCCAUUGAGCAGACUUUCUUGGAAGAAAUGCUCCUUGUGCACAAUUCACUCAUCAAGCCAUUGCAGAAGAAAGGAGCCCCUGUGCAGGAAACAAAUGUUUAUGAUAUGCUCUGUGUUUGUCACAGUGAAAUACUUAGCUUCGCAUGUCUGAAUGUUCAGUCUCUGCGGGAGUACACAGACCACAGAGGCCAUGAGAGUGGCAUAAUAAUGAUUCAGCAUGUCGAUGAGUAUAUUCAUGCAUACAGGAACUAUCUGAGCGCUGUAUGUGAUGUCAUAGCGUUGAGUGGAUUUAUGCAUAUAGCUCGCUUAGUUGAUGUCCCACAGAAAAUGUUUACAGUGUUCCAUGAGCACUCAAAGAGAAACAAAAAGUCCCAGGAAGCAGUAGUUUCCUGUGCCUUGCUCCAUCCCUUGAAGAGGCUGAAGUCAUACAAGAGUACAAUUCAGUUACUGAUUCAUUGUAAUAACAAGAAGCACCAAAGCUUGGAGGAUAAACAGGCUGUUGAGAGGAAGCUCCGAGAUGCUCUUGUCAAGUGGGAUCAGCUAUAUGAUGAACAGGAGCAGAAGAGAAAUGAAGCUGAUAUCACAAGACACUUCUGGGAGAGUUCUGGCCGCAUAGUGGAGUUACUAAGGUCUCCAGAGAGGCGUCUCAUUAGAGAGUCACGGUCACAUUCCCUCUCUGUUCUGAACUCAGGCCGCUUUUCUUCACAUUGGUUUGUCCUUUUCACAGAUGUUUUUGUGCAUGUGAGUGGAGGGAACCAGAAUGUUCAUCCUUUGACCACAGUCUGGGUGGAUGCCAUCCAGGAUACAGAUACUGUGCAGAAUGCUAUACAGUUAACAAUGCCAGAGGAAACGCUAGUGGUACAUACUCCAACACCACAUGCCAAAAUGGAAUGGUUCCAGAGUCUGCAAGGGGCAAUCAAGAAAAGUCUCCAGAAAAAUCAUUCCCAUGUUCCACCAGCAGUGAGGACUGCAAAGUAUGUGUUCACAAAGCACCAUUUGUACAAGGAUGCCAAAUACACAGGCCGGUGGUACAGUGGCAAACUUCAAGGUCCUGGUAAACUGGAGUGGCCAGAUGGGAAAGUGUAUGUGGGCCAAUUUCAGAACAGUCAGAUGAAUGGGAUUGGGCGAAUGGAAAAUCCAGGCAUCAGUACAUACGAAGGGCAGUGGAAGGAUGGACAGCAGGAUGGCUACGGGAUAAUGAAGUACACAAAUGGUGAUGUAUAUGAAGGUCACUUCAAAGAUGGUGUUGCUCAUGGACAUGGAUUACAGAAACAAGGGCACUUCAUGGCAUCUGUGGCAUCUGUUUACAUUGGAGAAUGGGUUAAUGGUGUGAAACAAGGCUAUGGUGUCAUGGAUGAUAUUGUGACUGGCGAAAAAUAUCUAGGAUAUUGGAGCAAUAACAUGAAGCAUGGUUGUGGUCUGAUCGUUACUCUUGAUGGCAUCUACUAUGAAGGUGUCUUCACACAGGAUGUCCUUACAGGGCAUGGUAUUAUGGUUUUUGAAGAUGGAACACACUAUGAAGGGGAAUUCCGAGCAGCAGGUGUGUUUAGUGGAAAAGGAACUCUAAUUUUCAACAGUGGUGAUCGCAUAGAAGGUGCAUUGCAUGGUGCAUGGAAUGAAGGUGUCAAAAUAACUGGAACCCUGCAUAAAAACACAGCCACUCCUCCAAAUCAGCUCAACACGAAACCAAGCUCAUUUGGAAAAUUGUGCGUUGCUGCAAAUCAGAAAUGGAUGGCCAUUUUUCGACAGUGCUACCAGCAGUUAGGUAUGCCAGAGCCAAUGGGUACAAAGGGUGCUAAAACAAAUGUAGAGCUUCAGAAGGUGUGGGAGAAAGUUGCAGUGGUUAUCAACAACUCGCAGCAGGAGCGGGGAAUUCCAUCAUCUGACCAGCUGGACACUAUACCACAGUUUGGCAGAGACAGACUGGACAAGGAGUCAUACCAAGAACUACGUUUAUAUCUAACGAAGGCAUUUGAGAGUCAGCAUCAUCCUCUGGGAAGACUGUUGGCUGAAGUGACAGCAGCAUACACAGCAACAUAUGGUGGUGUUCGUGUUCAUCCCCUCCUGCUAAGUCAUGCUGUUGCCGAACUUCAUUCAAUCACGGCACGCAUGUAUGAGGUUGUUCGAGCUUUAUUUCCUGCUCUUCCAGUGCUUGGCCAGGAGUUGCGACUUGUGGAAAGUCAGGAAGCUGAGCUAGAGAGUGAAGUGGUGAGUGCUGCAGCAUUGCUACAUCCAUUUUUGCUGCCAAGAGUGCAUUCAGCUUUAUUUGUGCUGUAUGCACUGCACAACAAGGAGGAGGAUGAUGCAUACUGGAAGCGUCUCCUUAAAUGGAAUAAACAACCCGAUAUUACUCUCAUGGCAUUCCUUGGCAUUGAUCAAAAGUUCUGGAUGGUGCCUCACCAUCAUCUGACUCGCGAGCCUCCAUUCUCUCCACUUGAAGAUCAUCUGUUCAAUAAUGCAGUGGAAAUGCUGCAGCAACUCAAGACAACAUUUUCACCCCUGGAGAAGUUACUAGUCAUACGAAGGACUUUUGAGCAAAUGACAAGAGCAGUGCAACGUGAGCUAGGAACUUUGUACCUGUGGACAAUGGAUGACCUGUUUCCUGUGUUUCAUUUUGUGGUUGUGAGGUCACGAAUCUUACAGCUUGGCUCUGAGAUCCAUUUUAUUGAGGACUUCAUGGAGCCAUAUCUCCAGAAUGGGGAGCUUGGCAUAAUGUUCACUACACUAAAGGCCUGUUAUUACCAGAUCCUCCAAGAGAAGAACAGCAUGAGCAACUAGCUGCUACGUGUCCUUCCAGCAGAACCCUCGAUCCAGAACUUAUAUUCCAUGUCACAAAGUGCUAAUUGUAUUCUGUUCUCCUUAGAUUUUUUUCUGGAGAUUCCAUAAUAUUUUUAUAUAUAUUCAAGCUGUACAUUGUUAUAU